GACAGUGGAGACAGUGGGCAGUAUGCUGGGCUGUGUGCACUCUGUCCCUGCUCUGCUGCUGCUGCUGGGAGUGGAAACGCUUUUGGCACAACAGCUGCUGCCCGGGUCCUGUAACUUUGAGCUGAGCACAUGUGGCUACACUUCAGACCCGCGCUAUGGCUCCUGGGACAUCAACGAGGAAGGACACAUGAUCAGCCUGGACCCGGACCUCCAGGACCUCCAGGACCCUCAGGAGAGAGCGGUUCUGCUCAGCCCAGUCUUAGAGCAUCAGGAGUGGAGCUGUGUGCGUCUGGUCUAUCAGCUCACAGGGAACAGCUCUCUCCUGCUGCACCUCAGGCCAAAGCACCACACCUUUGACCGCACUCUGUGGAAGGCUCACACAGCGUCCGACAGCUGGCUCAUCGCGAGUGUGGAUCUGCCCAACACCACACAGCCGUACCAGAUUUUGUUGGAGGGCAGAACUGAGGGAGAUCCACAAAACAGUGUCGCCAUAUUUGAGAUCCACAUAGUUCCUGGUUUCUGCAUCGAGUGUAACUUUGAAGAGCAUCACCUGUGUGGCUACAGUAACAGCUGGAAUCCAAAUGUAAACUGGUACGUGGGCGGGAGCCUGGCCAGUGAGACCAACCUGCUGGAGGCUCAGAGACAUUACCCACGCUCAGGUCACUACAUGUAUGUGGAGUCUGUGUACGCCAAGCAGUUCCAGGAAGUGGCCUAUCUCACGUCUCCCAUGACAACAGCACCCAUGAGCGGCUGUCUGUCCUUCUUCUACCUCCAAAACCAGGAGAGGGACAACCUGUUCUCCGUGUUCACCAAGGACGCUCUGGGACACUACGAGGAGCUGUGGAGACCAGAGGCUUUUGUAUCUAUGGGCUGGACUCAUGUCAGUGUGGACAUCAAGGCCCCACACCCUCUGGAGGUGGUGUAUGAGGUGGCCUUCAACAGCGCCAGAGGAGGUUACGUUGCCAUUGACGACAUUUCCUUUUCUCCAGAGUUCUGUCACAAUGACACCGAGCCGGACUUCGACCCCUCCGUUGCUAACUGUGACUUUGAGGAGGGGCUGUGUCUAUACUCUCUGGAGUUUGGAGUCUGGAGCAGAAAUUCAGUAAAAGCCAAUAUCUACCGGACUGGAGACCACACCACAGGGACAGGCUACUUCCUCCAGACCCACAUCCCGUUCUUGUCCCGGUCGUCUUAUAUGGACCGUCUCCAUGGUCCCUUGUUGCCUGGAAACACAAAAUACUGCCUGAGCUUCUUCUAUCUGCUCCAUGGCUUCAGACGACUGGACCACGCUCUGACCGUUUACAUUUACGACGAGAAUAACGUGGCCCUGGAGAAACUGUGGAGCCUGACGGACACAACGAGAUCUGUGUGGCACAAAGUGGACCUCACCUACAUGAAACCCAUGCGCUCAAAGGUGGUGUUUGUGAGCCUCUGUAAGACCUUCUGGGACUGUGGCUCUGUGGCUCUGGAUGACAUCAGUGUGAACGUGGGGGACUGCCAGGUCACUUCAGUUUCCAUGGCGACGCGGUGUGACUUUGAGCAGGAUCUGUGCGGGUACACACAGGACAAAGAGGACAGAGCUGAUUGGCUGAGAGUCCGAGCAGUGACCCCCACCUACUACACCGGGCCCAGAGGAGACCACAGCACAGGGGUGGGAUAUUUCGUGUAUAUUGAGGCCUCCCUGAUGCGUCCGGGACACACAGCACGGCUCCUCAGUCCUGAGCUGCGUGGCUCCUCCUCUCCUCUGUGUCUGCUCUUUCACUUCCACAUGUACGGCUCUGGCACCGGCAUCCUCAGGGUCCUACUGAGACGGAGGGACCAGCCGAAGGACUCUGCUCUGUGGAGGCGGAGCGGGGAGCAGGGGGUGGGCUGGAUGAGGGGCGCAGUCGACUACCACUGUGACUACGCACAUCAGAUCGUCUUCGAGGCGAUCCGGGGCCCAUCCCUCAGGAGUGACAUCGCUUUAGACGAUAUUGAGUUUAAACAAGGACCAUGUGAAGAUCUCGCGGAGUCAUAUUCUGGUUUCUCUGAGGAUUUUAAUGAGAUCGAAAGUUACCACUAAGAGUUUGGUAAAGAUGGAGAGAUUAUAGCUGCACAAGACUGAUAUGGAGAGAGAAAAACUUCACUGUUUCACACAUCAACAUGGAGUCUAGAGAAUCCAGGGCUUAUAUCAGACGCUCAUUGUAAAUAUAAGAAUGUUUGUUCCUCUGUUUAAAAAGCACAAGACAAGGCACUAGUAUCAGUGCUGCUGUAGGUGUUAACCCAAUGAAUAUGUGAUUAAUAAAGAUUCAUACAUUUGGUAA